AUGUACCAACAAAUCAUUGGACGAUCGAGUCAACGGAUGGGCAACGCGGCCAAAAGAAUUGGAUCACCUACCCAGUCCGAUGACUCUUCAAACCGCACACAGAUCAACUCGUCUUUAUUGCGUCGACAGGGACCCGCUUGGCUUGUCGCCGGGGGUGGAAUGGGUGCGACUUUGGAAGGGGUCUAUUUGAUGCUACGUUCGUUCCGGCGGCUGAGAUAUAUCUGA